GAAAGCUGAAUAUUGGCGUUGACACCAUUCAGCAUGGAGUAGAAGGACUAAUGUAUCUUCUUACCGAGAGCUCCAAGCUUAUGAUUUCUGAGGUCGACUUCCAAGAGUCUAUUCAUGUUCUGGGAUUCUCAGAAGAACUGAACAAAUGCCUGCUCCAGCUGUACCUUGACAACAGGAAGGAGAUCAGGACCAUUCUUGGAGAGCUGGCACCAAGGCUCCCCAGCUACCACAGCCUGGAGUGGAGACUGGACGUGCAGCUUGCAAGCAGAAGCCUGAGACAACAGAUCAAGCCUACUGUGACUAUGAAGCUACAUCUCAACCAGAAUGAAGACCAAACUGCCCAGGUGUUGCAAACUGACCCUGCUACCCUCCUCCACCUGAUCCAGCAGCUGGAGCAAGCGCUGGGAGAGAUGAAAACCAACCACUGCAGGAGAAUCGUGCGCAACAUGAAAUAG